AUUGUUCUGCGUGCGGAGUAGUGGAAAAGCGCAUCGCAGUGUGAAAGAGUCUCGUCUGACGAGUGUACAUGUGCGCAUUGUAAAGCGAGAGAAAAUGAAAGCUCUUUAAUUAUUAAUUACUCUUUUUUGUGUUAUUGCGCACAUAGGAUGUAGCCUGUACAACGAGAGCAUUUUUUCCCCGUUUUAUGCAGCGAAUAAAAGCAGUUAUGAUAUGAUUUUAUAAGUUAUGCAGCGUUGGUCAAGAUAGAUCCGCGAUCUUUGUGAUGAAACAUUUUACUGUGUUGUAGUCUUUUGAUUUUUUUUCUUCAUUCCAAGUUGAAAUGGCUUUAGUGGUCUAUCUAAAGACUGUCACGGAGCUUCGUGGGAAGGGGGACCGAAUCGCAAAAGUGACUUUCAGAGGUCUCUCCUUCUUCUCUCGGGUGCUGGAAAACUGCGAGGAUGAGGCUCGAUUUGAGCAGGCAUUCCGAUGGCCAAUUGGGAGUCAAGUGGAUGGGGAUGAGAUGCUGGAGAUCCAAGUGUUUAACUACAGCAAAGUCUUCACUAACAGGUUAAUUGGCACUUUCCGCAUGGUUCUGCAGAAGGUGGUGGAGGAAGGUCACUUGGAGGUGUCUGACACUCUUAUUGACGACAAUAACACAGCCAUACGGACAAAUAUUUCCAUAGAGAUCAAAUAUCAGACCAUGGACGGGAGUGUAAAGGUGUGGAGCGAUGGUGAAUUCCUUGAUAUUCCAGAUGACUGUGAUGGAACCUUCCAGUUUGAGACAGACAGUCUACUCUCUGGACGUAGCCAGAGCUCCGGGACAUCACCUGGACGAUCUAUCCACGGCAUUCCCACAUUCCGCAAGACAGGAAAAGGAGUGUUUUCAGCCAUGAAGCUGGGCAAGACACGUAGCUCCAAAGAUGACCACAAAAAAGGAGAUGACCCUGCCAUUUUGGAUGCAGAAGAUCUGGAUCGAAAGGCCAUGCGUCUGGGCGGUGGGCUUGACCCUGAUACCAUAUCACUGGCCUCUGUUACUGCAGUAACCACUAAUGUCUCCAACAAAAGAUCAAAGCCUGACAUUAAGAUGGAGGCCAGUUCAGGGCGUCCUGUGGAUUAUCAGAUCAGUGUUACAGUAAUCGAGGCCCGUCAGUUGGUUGGUUUGAACAUGGACCCUGUGGUUUGUGUGGAAAUUGGAGAGGACAAGAAGUAUACAUCAAUGAAGGAGUCCACAAACUGCCCCUACUACAAUGAGUACUUUGUCUUUGACUUCCACGUGCCUCCAGAUGUCAUGUUUGACAAGAUCCUGAAGAUAUCAGUAAUACAUUCGAAAAACCUUCUACGAAGUGGUACCCUGGUUGGCACCUUCAAACUAGAUGUGGGAACUGUUUACUCACAACCUGAGCAUCAGUUCCAUCACAAAUGGGCAAUGCUGUCGGACCCUGAUGACAUCACAGCUGGCUGCAAAGGUUACGUUAAGUGUGACAUUGCGGUUGUAGGAAAAGGAGACAACAUCAAGACUCCCCACAAGGCCAAUGAACCAGAUGAGGAUGACAUAGAGGGGAAUCUUCUCUUGCCGGAAGGUGUUCCAUCAGAGAGACAGUGGGCUCGGUUUUAUGUUAAGAUUUAUAGGGCUGAGGGACUACCUAAGAUGAACACCAGCAUCAUGGCCAACGUGAAGAAAGCUUUUAUUGGGGAGAAUAGGGACCUUGUGGACCCUUAUGUCCUGGUGCAAUUUGCAGGGCAGAAGGGUAAAACGUCAGUUCAGAAAAGCAGCUACGAGCCCAUCUGGAAUGAGCAAGUAGUCUUCACUGAGAUGUUCCCACCUUUGUGUAGGCGAUUGAAAGUUCAGAUCCGUGAUUCAGACAAGGUGAAUGAUGUUGCCAUAGGAACCCAUUUCAUCGAUCUACGCAAGAUAGCAAAUGAUGGAGACAAAGGGUUCUUGCCCACUAUGGGCCCAGCUUGGGUGAAUAUGUAUGGUUCUACCCGUAACUACACCCUGAUGGAUGAGCAUCAGGACCUGAAUGAGGGGCUGGGGGAGGGCGUGUCCUUCAGGGCACGCCUACUCAUUAGUGUUGCAGUGGAGAUCCUGGACACCUCUUCCACAGAAAUAAUAAGCUCUACUGAGGUACAAAUGGAGCCAGUGUCCAACAUCUCAGAGAGUGCCACAGGGAAGAUGGAGGAGUUUUUCCUUUUUGGGUCGUUCUUGGAGGCCACAAUGAUAGACAGGAAAAUUGGAGAUAAACCCAUCAGCUUUGAAGUCACUAUCGGUAACUAUGGUAACCAGAUUGACGGAGUGAACAAGCCUGCAUCAGCAAAGAAAAAAAAAGAGGGUGGAGGAGAAAGUGAGGAAGAGGAGUCUGAGCUCAUCCACAACUCCAGCGAUGAAGAGGCAGAGGAUGAUGGAGAUUUAAUGUCUGUGCCGUCCACCCCUCCGAUGAAACCGGUUAUCACUGACAGAAAUUACUUCCACUUGCCUUACUUUGAAAAGAAACCCUGUAUUUACAUCAAGAGCUGGUGGCAGGACCAGAGGAGACGGCUCUACAACUCCAAUAUAAUGGACAAGAUUGCAGAUAAACUGGAGGAAGGUCUGAAUGAUGUUCAAGAAAUCAUAAAAACGGAGAAGGCGUAUCCAGAACGCAGACUUAGGGGUGUAUUAGAAGAACUGAGCACAAGUUGCAGCCGAUUCGUUACGCUGGCAAACAAAGAUCAGAAUCUAUCUGGAAGAACCAAGCUGGACAGGGAGAGGCUGAAGUCCUGUAUGAGAGAGAUGGAGAGUAUGGCUCAGCAGGCUAAGAUUAUUCGAUCACAAGUGAAGAGAAACACAGUUCGAGACAAACUCAAGCUAGUGUUGAAUUUCCUUCAUAGGCUUCGUUUCCUGGCAGAUGAGCCCCAGCACAGCAUCCCCGACGUGUUCAUAUGGAUGAUUAGCAACAACAAACGCAUAGCGUACUCCCGUAUACCCUCCAAAGACAUCCUCUUCUCGAUCGUUGAUGAAGAGAUGGGCAAAGACUGCGGGAAAGUUAAAGCUGUUUUUCUCAGGCUGCCUGGAAAGAAAGGCUUUGGGCCUGCUGGCUGGACAGUUCAGGCUAAACUAGAGAUGUAUUUGUGGCUGGGGUUGAACAAACAGAGGAAAGACUUCCUGAGCGGCCUCCCUAGCGGCUUUGAAGAAAACAAAGCAGUGAAGGGAAUAGGCAUACAAGCUGUCCCUCCCAUCAGCCUAGUUUAUAACAUGAAGCAGGUGUUUCAGCUGAGGGCACACAUGUAUCAGGCUCGCAGUCUGUUUGCUGCUGACAAUAGCGGCCUGUCUGACCCAUUUGCAAGGGUCUUCUUCUCCACCCACAGUCAGGUGACAGAGGUCCUCAGUGAGACUCUCUGUCCUACAUGGGAUCAGUUGCUCGUAUUUGAUAAUGUUGAACUUUACGGUGAGGCCGGUGAACUCCGUGACGACCCUCCGAUCAUAGUCAUUGAACUGUACGACCAAGACACUGUGGGGAAAGCCGAGUUCAUUGGGCGAACUUUUGCAAAGCCACUAACUAAGAUGGUUGAUGAACACUACGGGCCCCCGCGGUUUCCCCCCCAGCUGGAGUACUAUCAGAUCUACAGAGGGAACUGCACUGCAGGAGAUCUGUUAGCUGCUUUUGAACUACUGCAGAUUCCUUAUGAUGAUGAGGAGAUCAGAAGAGCUCUUAUUGCUGUCCAUGACUUUGCUGUGCCUCAGAUCAAGAUUGGUCCAGCAGGGCGGGCAGCACUUCCUCCAAUUGAUGGUCCAACUGAUUCUGACCGCGGGCCCAUUCUGCCUGUUCCAUUGGGCAUACGACCAGUUCUCAGCAGAUAUCGCAUAGAGGUCCUGUUUUGGGGUCUGAGGGACCUUAAAAGAAUCAACCUGGCACAGGUGGACAGGCCUCGUGUGGACAUUGAGUGUGCAGGGAAAGGAGUUCAGUCAGCCCUCAUUCAGAACUACAAGAAGAAUCCAAACUUCAGCACAUUAGUCAAGUGGUUUGAAGUGGAUCUGCCAGAAAAUGAGCUACUCCAUCCACCACUCAAUAUUCGGGUGGUGGACUGUAGGGCAUUCGGACGAUACACCUUGGUGGGGUCUCAUGCUGUGACCAGCCUUCGCAAGUUCAUCUACAGCACCCCAGACAAGACUACUAAUAACUGGGCUCACACAGCUAGACUGGCCAAUGGCUACAUGGCUCUCACCAAUGGGACAUCUCAUUCCCGUCCCCACUCCCGUCCCAUUUCUCAUCCCUCAGGUGAUAUUGUGGUCAAUAUGGACCCUGAACCCAACAUUAAGAAGAUGGACACAGUUGUCAAGAUUGAUGCUACCACCGAUGCUGUUGUUAAAGUUGACUUGAACGAAGAUGAAAAGGAGAAAGAGAAAAAGAAGAAGAAGAAAAAGAAGGGAGAAGACCUGGAGGAAGAGGAGCAAGAUGAGAGCAUGUUGGACUGGUGGUCCAAAUAUUUUGCUUCAAUAGAGACUAUGAUGGAGAAUCUCAGAGUCCAGGAGGCCGCUUUGGCAGAGGCAGAGGAAAGAGAAGAUUUGGAGAUAGCAGCAGAGAGUGCAGAGAUCAAAGCUGAUGAAUUUCCUAUGAAAGGGACCAAACCCAAGGAGAAGAGCAAAGACAAGAAGAGCUCCAAGGACAAAAAGAAGAACCAUGAUGGCACAGAAAAACGACCUCCAAAACCAAAAGUUGACGAACUUAUGGUGUACAAUAAAGAGCUGGAGUGUGAGUAUGGUAACUUUGAGGACUGGCUCCACACCUUCAACCUGUAUAGAGGAAAGGCUGGAGAUGAUGAUGACCACAAUGUGGUUGAUGAUGACAGAAUUGUGGGCAGAUUCAAGGGCUCCCUCUGUAUGUAUAAACUACCCCUGUCUGAGGAGAUCACCAGGGAGGCAGGAUUUGACCCGAACAUGGGAAUGUUCCAAAGCAUUCCUCACAAUGACCCUAUCAAUGUUCUCAUCAGGAUUUAUAUCAUUAGAGCCACAGACCUGCAUCCUGCAGAUAUAAAUGGUAAAGCCGACCCUUAUAUAGUCAUCCGAUUGGGAAAGUCAGAGAUUCGGGACAAGGAGAACUAUAUAUCCAAGCAGCUGAAUCCUGUCUUUGGAAAGUCAUUUGACAUAGAGGCCACAUUCCCAAUGGAGUCCAUGCUGACUGUGGCAGUAUAUGACUGGGAUUUAGUCGGAACUGAUGACCUGAUUGGUGAGACUAAGAUUGAUUUGGAGAAUAGAUACUACAGCAAACACAGAGCCACGUGUGGUAUCGCUUCCAACUACUCUGUCCAUGGUUACAAUGUAUGGCGGGACCCUCAGAAACCAACACAGAUCCUUGCUAAGUUGUGCAAAGAAGGUAAAUUGGAUGGACCCCACUAUGGACCUGGUGGGAAGGUCAAAGUUGCAAACCGCAUCUUUCUGGGGUCAACAGAAAUGGAGGAUGAGAGUGGUCUGAGAAAGCAGACAGAAGAACACUUGGCUCUUACAGUUCUUAGGCAUUGGGAGGAGAUCCCACGUGUUGGUUGCAAACUCAUCCCUGAGCAUGUGGAGACCAGGCCGCUCCUCAACCCCGACAAGCCAGGCAUAGAGCAGGGAAGAAUUGAAAUGUGGGUGGACAUGUUUCCUAUGGAUGUACCAGCACCAGGACCAGCCAUUGACAUAUCACCACGCAAACCAAAGAGAUAUGAGCUCAGGGUGAUAAUAUGGAAUACUGACGAGGUAAUUCUGGAAGAUGAUGAUUACUUCACAGGGGAAAAGUCCAGUGACAUAUUUGUGAGGGGCUGGCUAAAAGGACAGCAGGAGGAUAAACAGGAUACAGACGUGCAUUAUCACUCUCUAACUGGAGAGGGAAACUUCAACUGGCGCUUUGUUUUCCCCUUUGACUAUCUCAUGGCUGAGGAGAAGAUAGUCAUCUCCAAGAAGGAAUCCAUGUUUUCCUGGGAUGAGACAGAGUACAAGAUUCCUGCACGACUCACUCUUCAAGUAUGGGAUGCUGACCACUUCUCUGCUGAUGAUUUCCUAGGUGCGAUUGAGUUAGACUUAAAUAAGUUUCCCCGUGGGGCAAAAACAGCCAAGCAGUGCUCUCUCAACAUGGUUCUCAAAGAACAUGAGCUGCCUACCAUUUCCAUCUUCAAACAGAAGAGAGUGAAGGGCUGGUGGCCAUUUGUGGCUCGAGAUGAGAAUGAUGAAUUUGAGCUCACGGGAAAAGUGGAGGCAGAGCUCCAUCUAAUGACAGCGGAGGAGGCAGAGAAAAGUCCAGUCGGCCUUGGACGGAACGAACCUGAGCCACUUGAGAAACCAAACCGGCCUGACACCACCUUCCUGUGGUUUUUGAGCCCGCUGAAGGCCAUCCGUUACCUGAUAUGCAACCGCUACAAGUGGCUCAUCAUCAAGAUCGUCUUGGCUCUGCUGCUGCUGAUCAUGGUGGGCCUGUUUCUCUACAGCAUGCCAGGCUAUCUGGUCAAGAAGCUGCUUGGGGCCUAAAGAGGGGUCAGAAAGGUUCAUUUGAGAGAUUCUAAUUUGCCCUUGACCUCUCAAGUGUCCCUUUUCUAAUAUGUGGUUACAAUUUACAGCACUUCUUUUAUUUUCAAAUUAUAUCUCAAGAGUUUACCAUCCUUCAUAGUUGCACUCUAAGCAUAACGUAUCAAAUAGCUUGACUUUUUCGGUAUCAAUUUGCAUGUCUUACCAGGAAAAGAUCAAUUAUGUUAUUUAUCUGUCUGAAGAUUGAUUAAUCAUAUGGAGAAAAUGAAAGCAGCACUGUUUAUUUUUGGUACAAAAUUAAAUAAACUGGCUGGACUAGCAUUUCUGGUAUGCGUUCAGAUGUUCAUAUGAAUGCAUUGUUUCAAAUUCUUAGAUUUUGUUGUUAUCGUCUAGAAGUGUAUGUGUCGCUGCUAAAACCACAAUAAGCAUGCACCUUUGUCUAAAGAAAGAUGACUUGUUCAUCAGUGGCUAUGGUCUAAAAAAAAAAAAAGUGUAUGAUAGGGUUGCCGGCAUCAUAUAUACACUAUGUUAUUUGAUUACACUUUGCCUUGAUGUUUGCACUUUUAGUCCAUGACACAAAUCUUCUGCACUCCAGUAAGAUAACAUUGUUUAUCCUUUAGAGAAACACACAGACACUAGUAAGGGAAUGAUGUUUCAUUUGACAUUUCAAGUUUAAAUAAAACAAUAGAAUGCUCUUUCUUAUAUUUCCUACUGUUGAUUUUGCUUGCUGUGUAUAUUUACUUGGUAUGUACUUGUUUGCUUGCUAUGUACUGUUGCUCUACUUAAUGAAUGGCAUUUGACCAUUGACUUGUUUGCACUGAUUUUGGCUUGUUUAUAUAAAAAGAGUGUAUUUUUAAUUCUUGUUUACAAGUGUGCAAUAUGGAUUGAUUUAUUUAUUUUUGUCGGUAUGAAAACAAUAAAAUGAACUCAUUGAGAUAAAAA